UGGAUAAAAGAAAGAAAUAAAGGAAAGCAUUUUGGUUCCCCAUCGGACGGAUCGGAGUUGGCGAGCGGCGGAGGAACCCUAGCCUACAUCAGAGAAGAACAGGCGACUACCGAUGGCGGCGCUUCGAGUCGCGGCGAGGAGGCUCGUCGGCGGCGGCCUGACGCCCGCGCUGCCUGUGGACAAGGCGCAGCCCCGGCUCUUCCCGAGGCUCUCCCAGGUCGGCCGGGCUAGGUCCACCACAUCCUCCGCUGCUGCUGCCGCAGACACCAAUCUGGCGGCGGCCAAGGGCUGUGAAGAUCCGGAGAAACUCCUGACAGAGAUCCAUAACAUGAGAGAGGAGCUGUACGAUAAGGUUUCACAUGUGGAAAGGACCUACGAUAUCCCUGGCAGGGCAGGCAAAAAUAUCAGCCGGCUGCGCGACGAGCUCGCCACGCAAGUGGAUCCUAGACCCGGGGACACCACAUGGCGUGAGUUGCGAGUGCUAACUGUAUUUGGGCGUUACUGCGGAUAUGCGGCUGGUAUGUUUACCUCGUAUGUGCUCGCGCGCAUGGCCACUGGUUGGAUCGUUGAAUUGGAGCCAGAUGAAAAGCAGUGGAUCAAGAAGAAAAGAGAAGAGGCACGCAAGCGGAGUGAAGCAAAGUGAUUGAGAGCCAUGUUUAUGAAUGGUAGAAGUUGAAAUAAGGAGUUCUUAUAUGGGUA